AUAUCUUAGAAAUCAUCCCUUUUUGUCCAAAAAAAACUUAUCCCCUCUUUCUUGUCUUGCCUACUUCUGAUUCUCUGCUCCUAAAACAGAAUCAACAAACUGCAGGUUGCAUCAAACCCAGAAUAAUGGCUUCUACAACUCUUUCCCUUAACUUUUCAACACCAAAUUCACCAUUCAUUAUAAAAAGGCACAGGAAUUCUUCAUUACAAACAUUACCUCACUUCUCACAUCAUAAACUCAAGCAUCAUCAUCUUCAUGUAUGCAAGGCAUCAUCAUCAUCAUCAUCAUCAUCAUCAUCAUCAUCAUCAUCAUCAACAAGUUCAAUAACGGAGUAUGAUCUAUAUGAUCUAUUAGGGAUAGACAGUAGCAGUGAUCAAAGCCAGAUAAAAAAAGCAUACAGAUCCCUUCAGAAAAAAUGUCAUCCUGAUAUUGCAGGAAUAGAUGGCCAUGACAUGGCUAUCAUCCUCAAUGAAGCUUAUGCUGUUCUUUCUGAUCCCGUCUCUCGUUAUGCCUAUGAUAAGGAACAAGCUAAGUUCACAGUGUUGCGAGGCUAUACAGGCAGGCCGAUGUACUCGGUUUGGCGUGGACCGGAAACUGAACAAAGGGCCAUAUUUGUUGAUGAGGUUAGGUGUGUUGGUUGCUUAAAAUGUGCAUUGUUUGCUGAGAAGACUUUUGCUAUCGAGUCUACCUAUGGAAGGGCUCGCGUUGUUGCUCAGUGGGCUGAUCCUGAAGAUAAAAUUCAAGCAUCCAUAGAUACUUGUCCUGUCAAUUGCAUCUGGACAGUGGAAAGAUCAGACCUAGCUGCACUAGAAUUUCUGAUGUCGAAGCAGCCACGAGGGAAGGUCAGGAUAGGGGCAAGCAACACAGGUGGUGUACGAACUUUCGAUGUUAUGUCUGAACUUAAAGUUUUUCAGAAACGCUUAGAAGCAGCAGCAACCAGAAAAUCAAAUCAAGAUUCCAAGUACUCCGAACUCCAACGAGACACGCGGAUAUCAGCAAUACAAACAAUCAGAUCAAUCUCAAAUUGGUUGUACUGGAAAUCACCACCUUCAAAUACUUCUCUAGUCUUAAUACCAAAGAGAAAGAACAUAUUCCGAGAUCCAGACCUCGAGAAGCUCAGAGAUGCAGCAACAGGAGCUAGAAAACAUGGUACGUUCAAGACACGGCCUAAUGCAAAAGUUCUCCCUCAAGAAACACCAAAGGAUGAAUAUUGGGUUCCAUCAACCCCUGUGCUUCCACUGAAAGUAGAGAACGAGUCAAAUUCUCAAACAACAAGAAAAACACCGUCUAAUAAUACUGAGAAGAGUCGAAGCAGAGCAUAUAAGAGGAGAGAAAUUACACGGACUGGUCGCCUUGUUUCAGGCAUUCCAAUUGUGUCAGGUGUGAUUGCAGCGAUUACAGUCGGAUUACAAGGACCAGGAGAGGCAGUUGGAGGAUUGGAUCAGCACAUAGGCGGUUCUUUCGUACAAGAAUUGGCUAACAGUUUUGGGAUGCAGGUUUUGCUAGCUGGUGCAACUUGGUAUCUUAUUGCAGCAUACGUUACACAAGCAGUGGUGAGCCUCACAAGAAGAGAGGAAAAAUAAAGAGAUAUGUGUUUGCCUAUAGUUUUUAACCUCAGGAACUUCAACAGGCAAAGUACAUUUGUAUAGAAACUAGAAAAAUAUACACAUAGGUUACAUCUAUAGAUCAGUAGAUUGUAGUAAAUCUUAAUGUUGCAUAAAUUCUGAAACAUGAAAGCUCAAAUAUGAAUGAUACUCAAUGCUAAAUUACAUUUCCAAACCAGAUAAUUUAAACA